CUACAAAGUUUACAACCUAUGUUGAGCGAUGAGAUAUUAUCAGCUUCCAGUUCAUAUAUGUUUGGUGAUGAAAUAUUACCAGCUUUCAGUUCAUAUACAUUAGAUGAUGAGAUAUUAUUAACUUCUAGUUUAUAUACAUUGGGUGAUGAAAUAUUAUUGGCUUCUGGUUCACAUAUAUUGAAUGAUGAGAUAUUAUUAACUUCAAGUUCACAUAUGUUGAGUGAUAAAACAUUAUCAGAUCCUGGUUCACAAGUUUUUUCUAUAAGCCCUAUACAGCAAGAAUAUAUUUUAUGUGAACCUAGCAUAUUACUUGAUCAUCAUAUUAGAAAUUACACAAAGCAAAACAGCUUUGUAUCAAUUAUUGUUAGAUCUGAGUUUGAUGAUACUAUUCAUAGAAAGUAUCGAUAUGCCUUCAAUGCAACCUGUUCAAAAACUACAGAAGAAAUUAAAAUUACUUUUUGUUACCUUGAGCACAAUUAUAAAAUUCAUCCUGACACUAUUGUAUUUGCCUCCUAUUAUCGACAAUUUCCUGACGAA